AGAAUGUCGGAAAAACCCGAAGAUGUAAAAGUCGAGGAAACCGAUGAGGAAAAACCGAAAACCACGGAAGAUUCCGGAUUCGCUGGCGGAUUUGGAGCUGCUAGUUCAUGGCUCAACCAGGGUUCCUCUUGGGGAGCAUCAUUUUUGAAUUCUGCCAAGGAAAAGACGAUGACAACUCUUGACCUAGUCAAAAAGGAUUUGAACGAUUUGAGUGAAGCCGUCUCUGCUGAAGUAACCGAUCUUGCUUCAGCUGCAAAAGAAGGUUUCGGGACUGCUGCAAAUGCUGUCAAACAACAAGCUCAGAUGCUGGAGAAGCUUGUGACUCCGAAUGAAGAAGAGAAACCAUUACCAGGAGAAGGAGACGAUAAUGGUGAAUCAUCGGAACAGAAAACAGGAACUGAGAAACCAAAACUGGAAAGCUCGAACUCUCUGAGCUUUGGAUGGAUGACUAAGAUUGUGGAUACGGUUACAGAUACGGUCAAGAAUUUGGCAAUGGAAGAGACCACUACCGGAGAAGACGAUUUUACUGAAGCUAUCAAGCCCAAGAAAGAUAGAAAAACUUGUUUAUCAAAAUUGAAGCUCUCCGAAAUUCAAUCCAACGAAUCUAUCUAUCUCACUGAACCAGGAAAUUCUGAAUUUUAUGAAAGAUGGAUUUCUCGCUUCAAUUUAGACGAAUAUGACGGAGAGAUCAAUAUUCUUCUUGCAAACAAUCCAUCAUUGCGUCAAAUGUUUGCAAAUCUUGUUCCAGGCAGUGUCAAUCAUGAAACAUUCUGGAAACGGUAUUUCUAUGCUAUCGAGGUUGCUGAAAUGGAGGAAGAAAUGAACAAGUCGACACUCUCCGAGGCAUUGAAUGUUGAUACAAAAUCACCAAAGAAAUCGAAAAGAAAGGGAUCAUCUGGAACAUCAUCAAAGAAAUCAUCACCAUCAUCUGAAUCGUCUGUAGUGGUUGUAGAAGAGCCAACGAGUCCGUCACAAUCUGAAUGGAGUGUUUGCAGUGAAAAGAAUGUUGAGGAAAUUCCAUCAAAUGACGAAGAUGACGAAAAGGGACCAUUGACACCUCGACCUGAAAGCGAAAAGAAAGAAGAAGGAUGGGUUAACUGGGAUGAAUAAUUCAAAUGCUCUUUUUUCACUAAAUUCACUUCUUUUUCGAUAUUCUACAUGUUCCUGUCAAUAAUUCCACUGUCACUCCUAUCUCUUUAAAGCUUCUAGAAUCAAAUGGCUAGCAUCAUUCCCCCAUUUCUUUAUUUUAUGGAAUUCUUUUUUAUAUGUAUAUACAAAGUUAGAAAGGUCGGUUUUCCUUCUUCGAAUAAUCUUAUCUCUCCUCUGUUGGUUUGUAAAUAAAAAUUGCAUUUUU